AUAAUAUAAACAACACUCAUAAAAUAAUUUAUUCUUUAAACGGCCUCGGUUCAGGUCGUAACAGGAAGGUAAAUUUACUUAUUUAUAUCGAUUUGUCUGACAAUAUGAGGUGGACGGUACACAUUGAAGGUGGACCAAGACGGGUUAAUCACGCAGCAGUGUGUAUCGGAGACAAAAUAUUUUCCUUCGGUGGAUAUUGUUCAACCGAAGAGUACAAAGAUUGGGAACCCAUUCCAGUCCACAUUUUAGACACAACAACAUUAAGAUGGGCAGCCAUCAACUACAAAAAAAAUGAAGUUGUUCCUUUCCAAAGGUAUGGCCAUACCGCAGUUGCAUAUGGACACAAGGUAUAUAUGUGGGGCGGAAGAAACAAUGCUGUAGCUUGUGAAACUUUAUCUUGUUUUGACACAAAAAAAUUAGAAUGGAGUACACCCUCGGUGACUGGUAUGGUGCCUUAUGCAAAAGACGGACAUUCAGCUUGUGUGAUUAGAAACAAGAUGUAUAUCUUUGGAGGUUUUGAAUAUCUGACUGAUCAGUAUUCGCAGGAUGUUCAUUGUUUAGACUUAGACACUAUGCAAUGGAGGUUUAUCAACACUCAAGGUACACCACCUUCUCACAGAGACUUUCACACAGCAGUGGCAUAUAAUGAUAGAAUGUACAUCUUUGGAGGCAGAGGUGACUUGAACAGUCCAUAUAACUCUGAAGAGGAAAUAUAUUGUCCCCAAGUUUAUUAUUUAGAUACAGUGUCUGAAACUUGGGUAAAUGUAAAUGCUAGUGGAUCCUGGCCCGAAGCAAGGCGCAGCCAUUCUGCUUGGCUAUAUAAAGAUUUUAUGUACAUAUUUGGUGGAUUGAAUGCUAAAACAAAGACACACUUCAAUGAUCUUUACCGAUAUUCCAUAAAUGGAAAUUAUUGGGAAUACCUUAAUGUGCGUGGUGUAGGACCUUGCAAAAGAAGACGACAAGCUUGUCUUAUUUUUAAGGAAAAAGUUUAUUUAUUUGGAGGAACAAGUCCUUGUUCCCAUAAUAAUAACAAUAAUAACAGACCAGUAGACGAUGCUGAAGAUAAUCAUGAGAGACUGAUAGACAAUAGUGAUCUCCAUGUAUUAGAUUAUGCACCAACAUUGAAAACCCUGAGCAUUCUCUGUGUCUUGGAAAAGAAUUUGGAUCAAUCAUCACUCCCACGAGAUAUUCUAAUUGAUAUAAGAACAAUGACAUUACCAAACAGGAUCAGCAGGCCCAUUAAUCAAGCAGGUUAACUUGAUAAUAGACAUCAUGGUGCAUGAUAUUAUUGAUUGUUGUUUCAAAAGUUUUCAAUAAACCUUGUCAGUUAUCAACUGAUUUGAUCAUAGUGCAAUAUCAAACAUUUUUGUAAACCUUUUGGAAUUAAAAUUUUAUUUUGACAUUACAUGUUAGCCGAAAAUUUAUAAUAUUUAUGAACAAUAAGGUUGAGAUUAAUUUCUAUAUUAUGGCAGAUUAUGUAUCUAACAAGAUUAAAUAAUUAAAAGACUCGUUUUUCAACUACCUUGAUGUAGAAUGUUGGCUUAUUAACACCACAAAAAUAUUCUAAAUAUUAUGAAUGAUUUAGCAUAUUUCAUCAGUGCAAUUUUCAUAUUCAGGAUUUAGUUAAACAGUGUUUAAAUAUAAAUCUUCAAACUAAAUGCUUAUAUUCCUCCCACAUAAAAAUUACCAAUAAAUUUAUAUAAUCCCAAGAAACUUUUUUUAUCUACAGAAGGUUAUAACUUUUGUCCUGGCUAUUUUAGGAUCAAUGCAAAAAUCCGAAGUAGACUUAGUGUGCGUUCUGAGUGACGGUGCGCCCUCUCUUAGAUUCUAUUUAUCCGAUAUUUGUAAUGAAUUAAUUGUAUUGAAUGUUAUUGAGAUAGCAUCUUCACAUUGUUCCAUGGAUGAAAGAAAUUUGUUACUGCAAAUAUUUUAUUAGUUACAAACAA